AUGGACCCUUUUCAAAGAAUACUCUAUCGAUCUUCUGAGAUUUUGGGACCCAGUCUGUGGACGGAAUGGGAUCUGUUCAAGAUUACCAAGAAGGAAUACUUCAAUGAUCUCGGCACGGCCGAGGAAUCACUCCGUAUGGCCAAGAUGACCAUUGAAAGUGGGAUGCUGGCACUCCGGCUCCAUGAAACAGCCCGCGCAAGAUCGUAUUUUACUAACAAAAUUUCUCAAAGUGCGGCAGAAGCCAGGCUAUAUCUACUUACAACCUGGCAAAACGCGGUUCCCAAGCGGUGUAUUGCUGGAAAUAUCCAGCAAGCGCGGAACGAAACUCGCUUCGUAGCCAAGUCGCUGAAAACCGCACGCCAACGUUACAUCUGUCUGGUAUCCUAUAAGUAA